AUGGCAAAAGGUUCCGAAAAAAGCAGCGUGCCUCCCUCCAACAGUGCGGACAUGUGCCGACUGCCGGGCAGUGUGGGUUCCGCCAGUGCUGCGUCACGCUUCCUCACCACGCCGAGGCUACAGGAUGGCUACAUGACGCCAUCAGAGACCCAGGUAGAGAGCAGGUCUGCGUUCGGCCACGGGCGAUUCCAGAAGACGAUGCUCCUCUGUGCACAGCUGGCAACUAUGCUCGCGUACUCCUACAGCUUCACACUACUAUUCAUCGAUCUUGAGCCGGUAGAGCACUGGUGCGCACCUCCACAGCAGUUCGCCACCCUAUCCGAGCAGACGUGGAAGGAAAUCGCCAUCCCACGCGACUCUAACGGGGACUUCAAGCAGUGCGAGCGCUACGAGCCGCUCGAUGCGCCAGCUUCGCUCCUAGCGGCAUCCACGUCACAGGCUGGCGACCCCGCGACCCCGAAUCUGGAAGCCAGCACCCAGCCACCUGUGACGAUAGAGAGAACCAACGCCAGUGAGGUCCGCUGCGAGAACUUCGCCUAUAAACCUGAUACGCCUGGCAGAAACGCCAUCGCUCGCUGGAACCUGGUCUGCGACAGGUCGUGGUACGAGGGACUUCUGAAAGCAGCAUACACUGGAGCGAGUGUCCUGGCCAUACCGUGCGUAGGCCUAGCAUCGGACAAGUUCGGCCGCCGCCCUGUACUUCUCUGGGCUUCUGGCUUAGUGGUAUUGUCGGGUUUGGCUACCUGCGUGGCAAGCUCCUUCGUGGUCUACGCCCUCCUGCGCUGCUUAUCGUCGGCUGCCUGCAGCGCCAUAGAAGUGAUCUCGUUUAUUCUACUCUUCGAAAGCACGCAGCCAGGACCCAGGGCGCCCUACUGUGCCCUAGCCAUAUGCUGGCCCACAGUACUUGCGCCCAUAUACGUCGCCGCACUCGCCGCCUUGAUAAAGAACUGGGUCAUGUUCAACCUGAUGGUCCUGCUACCGUCGUCGCUCCUGCUGGUCACCACGGUCCUGGUCGAAGAGUCGCCACACUGGCUCCUCGUGAGCCUGCGCUUCGAAGACGCCGAGCGCGUCGCCGUGUACGCGGCCAGGUUCAACGACGAGGACACGGACCGAGUGCGCAGGCGCAUCGACGCCAUUCGGCAGGCGGCCACGAUCAACAAGCCCGGAGGCCGAGCCACACCGCUGCUGGAGGCUGCCAAGCGAUCGCUGGCCGCUACUGUUGUGUGCGGUGGAAUGGCGUACCGAAGCUUCGUCCUCAGCGUAGCCUGGUUCACCUUGUUCCUCGUGUACUACGGCGGACUGGCGACCGACAGCAAAACGUUGAGCCGCGACUACGAGCUCGCCAAGUGGGUCGUGGUGAUCGGAAACGCGCCAGCCAUGGCGGUCGCCUACUUCCUGGUGAAGCACUACGACCACCUGUCCGCCAUCAUUCGCCUCAUGUCCACGGUGGCUAUGGCUCUCGCCUUUCACGCUGCGCUCGUGGCCUUUGAGCUGUCGUUGCCGCUCACUGUCCUCAUCAUGUGGGUGAACCUGCUCCUGAACAUCACCUACGUCGUGUUCUCCGUGGAAACCGUGGAGAUGUUCCCGACAGAGAUGCGCAGUGUGGGCUUCGCUGGCGCCUACAUGUGGGGUCGACUGGGUGCGACUUCUGCCAACGCGGUUAAGGACCUGGAGAACCAGCUGAACGGAAGUGCGAAGGCCCUCCCGGUUGCCCUCUGCGCUCUGUGUUUGUCCCUGUCAUCGCUGAUGCUAGUGACGCUGAGCAACGAGGAGGCCCCUGACGCGGCAGUGAUGGCACUCAUGUGGAACGACGAGAGGCAGAAAGAAGCGAAACACUGACGCGGUCGCGUACCUCCUUGACGAGGAUAAUGACAUACCUGGCACACAUGGGCUCAUGUAGCACUUGCAACUGUGAAAGCCUGUGAAGUGUCUGUGCUUUAAGUAUAUAUUAGCUAUUAUUUUGCCACUUAUAAUUA